CUCCUCCUAAAGGUAUUUUCGUCUCUUUAUGUUAUUACGGAACGUUUUAAAUUUAUAAAAUUUCUCUUUAGAGAAAUAUACGAGGAUACGACACUCGUAUCGUUAUAAUUUUAUUAUGUAAAUCCAACGUUUGCGUCCAAUUGAUAGGUCUUCGCGAUGAAGUAUGCGUGAAAUAGUUACUAUACGUUGGUUAAUUGGUAAGAAAGGAGCGUUUGCUCUUUUAAUCAGUGCUCAAUUCGAGGCAAGACGUAGUAAUUAGGCUCGGUUCUAAUAAGCCGAUUAGCGGCCGUUCUUGAAACAAGACUCUCGUGGAAACUUCUGCUCGAGGAGGCAUCGUCCAUUUAUCUUCGUCGCAUUCUUUAACAAGAACGAACAAAUCGAGCUAAUUAGAGGCCAAAGAGAGGCAGCAAGGUUCUAAGAGGUAUCGACAGCCGUCCCUGACGGAAAACGAAUUAACGCGCAAAUUAACGGGCAAACGUUUCGAAAGCAACUAAAAGUCCUCCAUGAUCGGUCACCCAGUCGAACGGACACCCACACGCUUUGCCGUGUUAAUGAGUCGUGUUAAUACGAGGCUUCAUUAUAAGUAGGCGAAACACCAGCGUGCGGAAAACAUUGACAUUUUUCAUGAUCGACUCUAAUUCGAAUCCGAGAGACCACCGUUGUGCCAUUAAAAAAAAGACACUCUUCGAACAGGAUGAUUAUUAAGAUCGCGUAAGAAUUAUCGUCGUCCUCGUUCAGAGACGUGUCCAUUGCGUUUUCCAGUUAUCUCUGAACCAACGUAAUCGUGUUCGUAGCCGGCACACCGAGGACACCAAGCACCGAGUACAAUGGCGGUCGUUUCGCGCGAGAAGUAAUGGCAAGAGGUUCGCGCGAAGCGAGUAUACUUCGUUAAAAAAAACGCUUUGGUGUUCGUGUUGCUCGUCGACAACUCGAGAAUUCUCAAUGGGUUCACAUUCGGCGAUCGGUGAAAACGUAAUUCCUGGAUCGGACGUAUGAAUGAUGAAAAGACCGUUCCGUUUAACGAGUCACUACGAAACCGAUGCACUUGCUCCUCCGAUAUUCCGCCCAAAUUGAUCCUUGGACGGUGGACGAUGGUCGAAGACGCGAGUCACAAUUUAACAGGUUCUCCUGAAAAGGAGGAAAUCGUGCACACAGGCGCACCGAUGAAACUCUCACGAGGAGGGGACAGGGACCGGGCCGAAAAAAAAAAAGAAACAAGAAGAGAAAAAAAAGAAAAAAAGAUUAAAAAAAGGAAAAAAGAAGAAGAGGAACGAAGAAAAGUACGCAACGAAGACGUCUACCGGCGUCUCCUGCCGUCGGAAAUCCUGGAUCUUCGAUCGAGUCGGGCAGACGAUACGUCCGGACGAGCGGGCAAAGAGGGAGCGAGAUAGGAUAGGCAGAGAGAGGCUACCCCUCGGAGAGGAAAGUUUACCGGAAAGAUAUCCGGGAAGUUGGAAGGCAGGAGCCAGCGACUCGCGUCUCUCUACCCCCACCACGCCGUCCCCGAUGUCUCAGCAGAGUCGUCCUCGGCUUCUGCGCUGUCGCGGCAGCUCUGUCUUUGGCCAGCCGUAGCCGCGCUCAGUGGUGGGGAAAGCUGUCGCGGGUCCGCGGUGGGGGAACAGCUCAGCUCAGCGCUCCCUCCUCCCCCCUCCCUUCCCGCCGCCGAGAGAAGACAGCGCAGCAUCCAGGCACUGAGAGUGCACGCCCCGUCGCAGACCGGGGCCACGCCCACUCGCCCCCACUCCCACGUCGGCGCAGCUGCUACGCGGCUCGAGGCGGAGGGAGGGGGGAGCGAGCGCGGCUCGGUGUGGUGGUGAAGCGGGUGGUGGGAGAAGUCGGGACACGGAGCACACUCGGCCGACUCGGCGACGUGGAGGGGUGGAAGCGGCCGGCCGCGGAGGGGCGGGGAAGCGAGCAGUUCGGCAGCGCGACCCGACGUGGGCACUUCGCUGUCCGGCCUUUCCUUCAUUAAAAUAUUAUUCCGUGCGUAGAGAGAGAGAGCCGCGGAGCCCGGCGAGCCCUCGCCGCCGUUUUCACGCCACGAGCAACGCACUCUCGCCACCCCCUCGUCACGGGCCUCGCGUUCGUUUGCGUUUUACCGAGGGGUUGGACGCGGUCGCGGAGUUGGUUUUUUUUUCUGCCGGCCGUCUAACCAGGAUUAUCACCAGGUCCAAGCUCCCGUGGAAUGCCCGCCUCGAGAACGACGUGUUCACAACGAGAUCGGUGUUUCACAACGUAGUGCGCGCGAUCCCUCGUUUACCUGUGUCGUCCCCUGAUCGGGCUGUGACGCGUCGCCCGGAAUUCGUGUCGAGGAACGCAGCAACGAGAAGCAGGAGAAGGAGGGGGAGGGGGAAAGAAAAAGAGAGAUUUGGCGGAAAUAUUGGACGGAUAGGGACUGCCGUAUCACCACUUUCGACCACCUUCGUUCGGGAUUCGUUUAGAUCGAGCGGAAACGGUGUACCGGAAGCAACGAGCAACGAAUGACCGGCCGACAUAUCCUGCAUAUCCUCCUCCUCUUCUGCCGAGUUUUGGACGACGAGUGUCGAAGUGUCGGGACGUGCAGCACACGGAUCUGAGAGGAUAGUUAGUGUGUAUGUAUAUAUGUAUAUAUACAUAUACAUAUAUAUACACACACACGCGCGCACACGCAUACACGCGCGCAUAUGCCGUAAUCGAUCAUCGAAGGAUUCGCGAGGGUGAUCGUUCUCCAGCUAUUUGGCUCGUGGACGCCGUGGUCAAGACUGUGUGUGGUGCUUUCGAAAACCGAAUAUUUGUAUCUCCGUAAUUAUUAUAAUCGCGUUUUUAUUAAUCAAUUCGGCGUGAAUCGUUGUUACAAGCGCGCGUCCCAGCGCGUCUCCCUUAUCGCUUGGCGUAUCUCCUGCCCUGUUGGUGAUAAGGAAACGCGCGAAAACGUGAACGAGGGAAAGAUAAAAAGUGCUCCGGACGGUUGUUCGCUUCGGGGGAAAAGGAGGAAGGAAACGAAAAGGAAAGAGAAGGAAAAGGAAAAGGAAAAGAAAAAGAAAAAGAAAAAAGAAAAGGGAGAGAAUAUAAGUAUCGUGCUUCGACAGAUACAGUGUUUCGAGAGUGCAACUGCUGGUUGAAGGGAAACUGGCAGCUCGCGGGAUAUGAACCCAGGUACGACCUGGGGUUGUGUCGGGGUAGCUAGCAAAACGUCUGUGAACGGUGGAGAAGAGACUAGGACGGAGAGAGAGCGAGCGAAGAGAGUGGAGAGCGGAAAGUGUUGUAGAAGAAAAAGAAGAAGAGGAAGUCGAGAGAGUGUAGGCGCAGGCGCCGUAGGUGAUGUGAGGCUGGCGCCCGCCUCACGUUUGGGGUGAUGCCCUCCAGUGAGCCUCAUCCCCCCCAGUACCACCUUCAGCACCACAACAUUCCUCCCUCGCAUCUCCAGCAGCACACGUCGACCGCGAUCGGGCAACAUCAGCUCUACCAACAGCUGGUGGCGGCCCAUCAACAGCACCAGCAACAGCAGCAGCAGCAGAGACAGCAGCAACACGGCGGUCCCUUCCAAAAUUCCACGUACACGCAGCAAAAGCAAGAGAUGAGCCCGGAGGAGGAGGGGGGUCGAGGGGGCGGGUCCCCCCCGGCAGCAGGGGCUGCGUUACAUCAGCCCCACCACCCCCGGACGGCCAGUCCACCCUCGGGCACGGAACCCUGCACCCGCGAUGCCAUACCAACGCCCACACCGAUCGCGGAUACCACAACCACCACCACCACCACCACCAUGACCAUGCAGUCGCAGGGCCAGCAACAGCAACAACAGGAGCAACAAGGUCCAAGCCCUAGUCCCAGCCCAACAGGUGGCGACGUGGAAAAAUUUGACGGGAAGAUCGUGUACAAUCCGGAUGGUUCGGCGUACAUCAUCGAGGGAGAGAGCGAACUGAGCGAGGACGACUCGUUGCCAGACGGUUGCAUCGUGGACGGCCGCGGAGUCUCGGUCCCUCAUUCUCUUGUAUUUCCUCAGAUCGCGAGCGCGUAUUACGUGUCGAGAUUAUACGCGCACCAAGCGUAUCAACAGCAGCAACAACAGCAGCAACAACGCUCGGCCGCGCAACAACAUAAUGCUGAUCUCCCUGUGAUGCACAGUUAUCGAGUAAUAAGUUACAGAAGCGCGGAGGGUAGCAAACAGCCGCCUCCGCCUCCGGCGGCACCACCACCUCCCGCCGCCUCGGUACCCGUCAAACCUAUCCUGAUGUGUUUUAUAUGCAAGCUGAGCUUCGGUUACGCGAAGAGUUUCGUGGCGCACGCCCAGGGCGAACACCAGCUUACCUUGAUGGAAGACGAGCGACAGAUACUCUCGCAUUCGACCGCGUCGGCUAUCAUACAGGCGGUGGGCAGGGGAAAGCAACCGUUGGUCAGUUUUCUCGAACCUGUGACAAGUUCCACUUGUCCGCAACCAUCGGCCGCGCAGAUGCAAAACCAGCAACAACAACAGCGCACCGAAUCCACGGAUCACGAAACGCCGACCACAACCAGCACGCCUGCCAGCACUCCAGGAGUACCGAGCAGUCCUCAGCAACAGCAGCAGCAGCAACAACCGCAGAGGCCAUCGCCGAGCACACCCACCACUCCCACUUCCCACUCAAAUCAUCCUCUCGCGUACAAUCAUCAACAACCGCAGCAACACCAGUGGGCAGGUGGUCAGGUCAGCGCCGCUUCCUGGGCCAAAGCGCCAGACGCUUCCGGCAUGCAUUAUACGUCACCACCGCCACCUAGUAGUUCAUCGACCAAGGGCUCGCCGUCUUCGUACGCCGCGUUGACCCAGCAGCCACCGAAUUUCCUCACUGGCACAACUAUAGGCGUCUGUCCUGAACACAUGCAAGGGAGACCGAGCGGAGUCGAAUGCCCGAAAUGCGAAUUGAUCUUGGCCAGUAGUAGACUGGCUGGCCCAGGUGGACCUCUGGCCGGCAUCCACAGUAGGAACUCGUGCAAAACUCUCAAGUGUCCGAAAUGCAAUUGGCAUUACAAGUAUCAAGAGACUCUGGAGAUACACAUGAAGGAGAAGCAUCCGGAGAGCGAGACCUCCUGCAUCUACUGUAUCGCCGGACAACCUCAUCCGAGGUUAGCUCGUGGCGAGACUUACACUUGCGGAUAUAAGCCUUACAGAUGCGAAGUGUGCAACUAUUCCACCACGACAAAGGGUAAUCUCAGUAUUCACAUGCAGAGCGACAAACACUUGAACAACAUGCAAGAACUUCAGCAAGGUGGAGGUGGCGGUUCAACUGCGAGCAAUCCAUCGUCCUCGCAGGACGCGCCAAUGCCAACGAGAAGUCCCCAUCAUCAACAGAACCAUAGUCCGCACAUAACCGGCCAGGCCGGAAAUCAAGGGAAACCUAAACCAACGUUUCGCUGCGACGUGUGCAACUACGAAACGAACGUCGCGCGUAAUCUCAGGAUACACAUGACUAGCGAGAAGCAUACGCACAAUAUGCUGGUCCUCCAGCAAAACGUGAAGCACAUGCAGACCCUGUCCGCGCUCCAAUCCCAUCAUCAGCAGGCCCAGCACCAUCAUCAACAAGCGCAACAGCAACACCAACAACAACUCGAGCAGCUGCUUCAUCUCGGUGGUUUGGACAAGCCCCAACACGCGGAGGCUGCUCUCGCGGACAUGGCUUACAAUCAAGCUCUGUUGAUCCAGAUGAUGACCGGUGGCCAGUUACCACCGCAGCUACCACCAGAGAUUAUGGGCGGCAUGGCGAGCAUGGGCGCUAUGGGCAACCUCGGUGGUGACGGUCUAUCACCCGACAGUAUGGACCCACCGCCUGAACCAGCGGAUCCUGACCCCUCUCAUCUCUAUCACUGCUGCGUUUGCAACAAUUUUGCCACCGAUUCGUUGGAGGCUCUCGGCCACCAUUUGGCCGUUGACCGGACGAGGACGCGAGAGGGCGAAAUCCUCGCUCUGGUCGCUGGCCAUUUCGUCUGCAAACUUUGUUCCUAUAAAACCAACCUGAAGGCGAAUUUCCAAUUACACUGUAAAACGGAUAAGCACCUCCAACGUCUGCAACACGUGAACCAUGUGAAGGAGGGCGGGCUACGAAACGAAUGGAAGUUGAAGUAUUUGGCCUCGCCCACUAGCGCCGCGCAAUUACGUUGUCACGCGUGCGACUAUUACACGAACAGUGCGCACAAAUUGGCGCUGCACGCAGCCUCGCCGAGGCAUGAGGCUGCGUCUCUGCUUCUUCGCCACUUGCUCGAGGCAAGCGCGAAUAUCCCAUCCCAGGCCAAGUUGUAUCAUUGCGCUUUGUGCGGGUUCAGCGCGAGACACAGAUUGCCGUUGCUGCAGCAUGUUCGUUCACUGAGACACCUUCAGAUGGAACAGUUGCAUCAACUUCAUCGGCGGAGCGGUAUACAGGGGAACGAAACACCGCACACCGAUAUCGGUGACGUUUUUCAGGUUAUGAGCGACCCCGACGCACCACCUGCUCAACAGCCCAGUCCCACCGCGCCGACCACACCGAAUGCUACCAGUGCCAACAAUGACCGACGAGAGGAAGGUAGCGACUGCGGCAGCGAGGUGAAGCAGGAGCCGGAUAACGAUCAGGAGGCUGAACAAGAGCCGGAGAACGAUCACGAGGAAGUCACCUGCCCGUAUUGCACUUAUCAGCCAACGUCGCGCGAGGAAUUGAGGCAGCAUUUGCAAGUUGCUCAUGUCCAGGACGCCGAGGACAAAGCAGAGACUGUAAAGGAGGAGCCGCCUCCGGAAUUGUUGUGCCCGUUGUGCCAGGACGGGUUCAAAGAGCGUUCCGCGCUCGAGAAACACGUGAUGCAAAUACACUCGGUGAACGCGGACGGUUUACAACGUCUUCUGCUGCUGGUUGACCAGAGCCAUUGGCUGAACAACAAUCCGCGGAACACCUCGACGCCGGCCGUGGCAAUGCCGUCCUCACCGACCACCACCAUCAAGCAGCCGCAAGAGGAGGAUUUGAGCGAGCGCGGAGCCAACGAGGAGAUCGAGGAGAUCACGAGAUGCACCGUUUGCGGCCGUGUUUGCCGCUCCUUGGAGGAGCUGCAACAACACCACAGGGAGAUCCAUCCUGCCACUACGCCCACACUCGCUGUCAGCGAGAAACAUGUAUAUAAGUAUCGAUGCGGCCAGUGCAGUCUCGCGUUCAAAACACUGGAGAAGUUGCAACAACACUCGCAGUAUCACGCCAUCAGAGACGCGACCAAGUGCGCCCUCUGUGGAAGAUCGUUUCGGUCGGUUCAGGCGCUCCAAAGACACCUCGAAUCCGCCCAUGCGGAUCUCCACGAGGACGAAUUGGCCCAAUACAAGCAGAGUUUGUUGCACGCCCAUCCGCUUCUUCAGGCGCUCACGGAGGAGGCACUGCGCAGGCAGGGCAGCCUCGUCGGUGAGCAGAACGUCGAGGACGAUGCUAGCAAGGCGGAAGAAGAAGAGAGUGACGCGAGCGACUCGUCGCCGUUGCACAAGGAGCAACGCCUCCUGGAGGAUUAUCUGAACAGCCAACCGGUAGCUGAGGAUUCUUAUCAUGAUCCAGGGAGGAAAUUCAAAUGUCAUCGUUGCAAAGUCGCGUUCACAAGGCAGAGCUAUUUGACAGGUCACAAUAAAACGUUGCUGCAUCGCAAAGGGGAGAAAAUGUCUUACCCUAUGGAGAAGUAUCUGGAUCCGAAUAGACCGUACAAGUGCGAUGUUUGCAAAGAAAGUUUCACUCAGAAAAAUAUUCUUCUCGUCCAUUACAAUAGCGUGAGCCAUCUGCACAAAUUGAAGAGAGCCAUGCAAGAGCAGGGUAACAACAAUACGUUGAUCUCCGUGGUUCCACCUGCCAGUCCGACAGAAUCGCCAGAUUCUCAGCAAGAUCAGGACAAAAAACCCUACAAAUGUAACAUAUGCAAGGUAGCUUAUUCCCAAGGUAGCACUUUGGACAUUCACAUGAGGAGCGUGCUCCAUCAGACCAGGGCCAGUAAAUUACCAGAUCUCGCUGCAAGCGGCCAACUCGACCUCGCGCGUCCCCUGAUCGAACAGCCUCCACCUAGCAGCCCUAAUAGUCCACCUGUCAACACCAGUACUUCCGGGAAUAGCGGCGCAAUGCUGUCCUGUCCUCGCUGCAGCGCUCUCUUCGUGAACCAAGAGCAACUUGCCACCCAUCAACAAUUGUAUUGCAUCUUCAGUAAUCCUUUGGCAUUGUUUCAACAAUUGGCGGCUUCGCAACAGCUCGCUUCAUCCGCGCCAGCGAAAACACCGCCUCCAACCUCCACAACGCCAGGACCUCAGCAGCACAUGCAGCAGAGUGCACAACACUCCACGCAAACCGCCCAGGACAUCCUCUCUCAGCCCCGUCACAAGACAUCACAAAUGUACAAACAUCUUUUGGAGAGCUUUGGUUUCGAUCUAGUGAUGCAGUUCAACGAGAAUCAUCAAAGGCGUCAGCGUAAGGAAGAGGAGGCGGCAGCCGCGCUUCAGGCCCAACAGGAACAGCAGAAGCAGGAGCAACAGAAACAAGCUCUCGCCGCUCAAGCUGCUCGGGAGAGAGAGGAAGAAGCCGAGGAGCACACGGACGAUGACGUUAUACCGGAAUUGACCAGAAGCACCUGCCAGCAUUGUAAUAAGGAAUUCAGCAGCGUUUGGGUGCUGAAGGCACAUUGCGAGGAGGUGCACCGCGAUUUGGUACCUCGAGAAUUCUUAGAGAAGUAUGCUCAACAGUUCAAGUGUGAAUAUGAAAAGAAGAGUGUGGUAGUCACAGUUGCUACGUCCUCUUCCACACCAUCUGGACCGAGAAGUUCAACACCAGCCUCCGGGCAACCGCAAGAUCUUAGUUCGGACAAGGAGCAACGAGAGAAGGUAAAAGAGGAAAUCAUCGAGAACAAGGAUAGAAUCAGUAAGACGCCAGAAGCUACUUCUACAACACCGGCGACCACUCCAGCUUUAAGCAACACUCCAGUGUCGAGCACUGAUUCCACCACACCCACUGUGCUGCCAACCAAUACUCAGCAUCACAUUCAACAACAUCAACAGCAACAGCAGCAGCAACAACAGCAGCAGCAGCAGCAGCAUCAACAGCAGCAGCAACAACAGCAACAGCAGCAACAGCACGCUCAAUUGACUUUGGCACAACAAAUGACGGAAAUGCAAGCUGCUCUGAACGCCAUGGCUGCAUCUCAGUUGCAACAACAGCUUCAACAAUAUCCUGGAUUGAUGAUGGGUAUGAUGGGAUUACCGCUUGGAUUGAACGUUCCUGCUUUGGCUGCUAUGAAUCUUCAACCUCCAUUGGUGCCAAUGAUGUUGCCACCACCACCGUAUGAUGGCACAGCCACCGGAUAUCCGCCUAUCAAUGCUCAAGCUGAUCUCCUGGCCAAACAACAUCUGGCUUUACAGCAGCAACAAGCAGCAGCCGCAAACGCGGCUGCCUCGCAGAAACGAGCGCGAACACGCAUUACCGACGAACAGCUAAAGAUAUUACGGGCGCAUUUCGACAUCAAUAAUUCCCCCGGCGAGGAGCAGAUUCUAGACAUGGCUGCCCAAAGUGGUCUACCGCCUAAAGUGAUCAAACACUGGUUCAGGAACACGUUGUUCAAAGAACGGCAGCGCAACAAGGACAGCCCUUACAACUUCAACAAUCCGCCUAGCACGACCCUGAAUCUCGAGGAAUACGAAAAAACGGGGGAGGCGAAGGUCACACCGUUGAAUUCGAGUGUGUCCGGGAGCAGUUCCUCGGAUGACAAAAGCCCAAACAAACAAGCAACUCCACCACCUACGGCCACGUCAGUCAACACGUCCCAGCCAACCGAUAUAAAACAAGAAAUUCAAGAACAACCGCAGUGUCAUAUUCAGCAACAAUCUCAGCAUCAGGAGGAGCAACAACAUCAUUCGCCCGGAAGUUCGGGCGGGCAACAAUCGAGGCCGCACUCACCGGCGCUGAGCAUGAGCUCGGUAUUCUCUGGCAUCCAUCACGACGUGUCGACGCACGCGCCAUCAGCCACCAGCACUCCAAGCGCCCCGAUGCUACCGCCGAAGCUGGCGCCCCAAAAUUUCGCCAGUCCUAAUUCGGGGACAAGUAGCGUGGUGGCGAGUCCAAUCGCGGCGAUGGCGCUGACGCCUCAGAGAUCUUUGAGCCCUGGCCGUGGGCCGACUGAUUAUUCGUUCAGUGGAAGCGCGAACGGCAGCAGUUCGUCAGGUGGAAGUUCGGGGAAACGUGCGAAUCGGACAAGAUUCACUGAUUAUCAAAUCAAAGUGCUGCAAGAGUUCUUCGAAAACAACGCGUACCCGAAGGACGACGACCUGGAAUAUUUGAGCAAACUUCUAGGAUUGAGCCCGCGUGUGAUCGUGGUUUGGUUCCAAAACGCUAGACAGAAAGCCCGAAAGGUGUACGAGAAUCAGCCAGCUGCUGAGCCAGUGACACCGGGGGGCCGCGAGGGUGACGACGGUUCGGGCCGCUUCCAGCGGACCCCAGGCUUGAAUUACCAAUGCAAGAAGUGUUUGCUGGUGUUUCAGAGAUACUACGAGCUCAUUCGUCAUCAGAAGACGCACUGCUUCAAGGAGGAGGACGCGAAGAGGAGCGCCCAAGCGCAGGCGGCCGCGGCCCAAGUAGCCGCGGUUCUCAGUUCUGAAGACAGCAACAGCAGCUCGACCACCACCACUGCUAACGCAGUCUCCACCAAUCCUACGAGCGCGCCCGCCCUCGCGGAACAGUUGCAACAACCGUUGAACACAGCUACGCCGCCCCAUCAUCAGCAACAGGCGAUGGGACAGUCGCAUCAGCAAUCACAGCAGCAGCAGCAACAGCAGCAACAACAGCAGCAACAACAACAACAACAACAGCAAUCGCAGACUGAGUCGAAGGAGGGUAGUUUUCAGUGCGAUAAAUGCAAUCUGAUGUUCGGACGGUUCGAACUGUGGCGCGAGCAUCAGUUGGUACAUAUCAUGAACCCGUCCCUCUUCCCACCCGCUUAUCCACCAGAUUCACCCUUUGGGAUCCUGCAACAGCAGGCGUUGAACGCUACCACAGGAGUGGCAACUGAUGCUCCUCAUCCGUUGAUAGCGAUGAUGCAGGAUAGAAAGAGGAAAUACGAGGAUUUCGACGAGGCGACAGGCGGCGAAUCGCGAUCGAAUUCCGAGCACAGCGAGCAGCCAAAAGACAAACGACUGAGAACAACCAUACUGCCUGAACAGUUAGACUAUUUGUAUCAAAAGUACCAGAUCGAAUCUAAUCCAUCGAGAAAGAUGUUGGAGACAAUAGCUCGCGAGGUUGGGUUGAAGAAGCGCGUGGUGCAAGUAUGGUUUCAAAAUACUCGCGCCCGCGAGCGAAAGGGUCAAUUCCGCGCGCACAGUCAGGUGAUCAACAAGCGCUGCCCCUUCUGUCCAGCCUUGUUCAAGGUGAAAUCCGCCUUGGAAUCGCAUCUCAGCAGCAAACACGCCGACCAGGUGGCGCGUGGCGAGGUUAAUAUCGACAAUAUCCCAGACGAGGAGCUGUCAAUGGAGUCCGCUCCCUCGAACCCUAGCACACCCAACAUGAUGCCUCCCCUCUUCCCACCGUUCAACACCGACAUGGAGGCAUCAUUGAAAAAGUACUACGAGGAGUCGAUGAAACGAUACAUCAGCGAGUUGCAGGCCCACGCCAGCAACGGGAAACAAGAGACGGUGAAUCAUCAGACAAGCAGCAACAGCGGCGAAUCUCCUCUGGAUCUGAGCAAACCUGUCGAUCUUAGCCGCCCUAUGAAACUGAACCUCGGCGGGCUGGGCAAUCUUCUCGAUGAACAACACGGCACUCAUUUCCGCGGCGGUAGCGAUUGCGGCCCGCUUACCGAUCUUUCCGAAAGAAGUAUCUGCGAUGACGACAGUAUGAGCGAGACUACGGAAUUCCUAGACGACGAGAGUGGCCCCGCGAGCCCUGCCUCGAGCACGCAAAGCUCGAGACAGGGUCCGGCUUCCGCGGGAACUGGAAGCACACCAGGUCCACCGGUCACUGGCGCAAGCAGUGGGACAGGCCAAUCGAGCGGCAAGAGAUAUCGAACCCAGAUGUCCGCCACCCAAGUGAAGGUGAUGAAGUCACUAUUCUCGGACUACAAGACGCCUACGAUGGCCGAGUGCGAGAUGCUGGGGCGCGAAAUCGGUCUGCCCAAGCGUGUGGUCCAGGUUUGGUUCCAGAAUGCCCGCGCCAAGGAGAAGAAGGCGAGAUUAGCCGCGGGUCUACCCGCCGAGGGCUCGGCCGUCCAACCGAAUCGCGGUCCGACCGGGCCCGACGAGUGCAGGCUAUGCUCGGUCCGAUACUCGGCGAAAUCGCCGCUUCAGGAACACGUAUUCUCGCGGCGACACAUCGAAUCGGUGCGUGUCGCCGUCGAGGAAGGUAGUCUCGUGCCGCCAACACCCGGCGCGCCGAUCGUUCCUGGCGGCAACACGAGCGCAGCGGGGAUCGGUGGCUCGCCAGUAGUCGGCAACCAACAGCAGCAGCAACAGCAGCAGCAAUCGGACGAAAACAUGAUGUACGGAUCCUUGUUCCUCCAUCCAACGGCGAUGUUCCAGCCACAGCAACAGCAACACCCGGGCGCCGCAGCGGCAAGCACGGCUACCACCACGGCCGUAGCGGCUCCAGGUUUGAGCGGCAGCAUACACGGGAGUGGGCUAAUGUCGUUGCACGUGGAAGGGGGCACGCAGGUCCAGGUGCCGCGUUCUCUGAUGCAGGCAUUCCUGCAGCAAGACCCGAACCAUCCGGGUCUGGAGACGGUGCGAUUGCCGACGCCCCCGUGCGGCUCCGAUGAAAACGGGCCGCCCCAGCACUGUCGCGAGGUGGAGACGGAAUUGUGCCUGGUCUGCCGCCGUUGCGGCCGAGCUUAUCCCCAAGAAUCGACGCUGCUCGCGCACCAACGCUCCUGCUAUCUCGGCAAUCAGCAGCGUCGCGGUGCGCUCCGCCUCGUCCAAUCUCGUUACGCCUGUUCCCUUUGCGAUGGGAACAACGCGGGCCGCACGUACACGACCAUCACCGAGUGGCGGCGCCACGCUGAAACUCUGCAGCACCGCGCCCGCCUCGAGGCCAACCAGGCGAGUCAACAACAACAACAGCAGUUCGGCAAUAUCGGCGCGGAAUCUGGCGGGGGAGAGGAGGUGCACCCGCUCACGGACGAGAUGGAGGACGUGGUGAAUCAGAUCACCCUGUUGGCAGCCCGGGCGGCCGCCGAGAGCACGACUGGCCAGCCCCAGGCAAACGAGAGGGCGGCGAGCCAGGACAACAACAACGCUCCCGACAUGAAGAGGCAGAAACUGGUCCAGGAGGUUGCCGCUUUGGCCGGUGCGCGUUAAACGGCACGAGACGGCAGACGUUUCGAGGCUGCGUGGAAAUGAAAGGGAACAAGAGGAGAUUGCGAUUGGCGUGCAUAAGGGUGGAAGGGGGGGUGGUAUAUUGGGUGACGAAGGCAGAUUCUCGUUGGAGGAAUGAAGAGGAUGCGGAACUGAGGGAAAGAAUUGAAGGAAAGGUGAAAGAGGAUCGAUCGAGGGAGUGUGUUCUUCUUGGGUGCUCUUCUUCGAAAAGGGGAGAGAGAGAUGUACUCGAUAACGAAUGAAAACAACGUUCCUAAACUGGCUAGAUAAAGGGGAGGGGAGGUUCCAACCUUAGGCAGGAACUGUCGGUGGGGGGGGAGGGGAGGGGGCUUUUUCUUCCGCUCCGGGCACCGGGGAAUCCCCGGCUCCAGGUUACUCGCGCGUGGACGGUGGACGACCAAUCAACGAGGACGCCGCGUACAUGGACCUCUCUCUUUAUUCGAGUUUUCAUUUUUCUCGCCCGCGCACCGCCACUGUCGCGCGCGCAAUCACCAAUUUAACUAAUAUUUUUGUUACAAUAUGUAUAUGUACACAAAGCGUGCCACCAAAGCAGCGCGCUCACCAAAGUUCCUUCGAUAGACAGAACGAAGAGGUUCGGAGAUGGGGGUGUCACGCGUAGAGAGGACGAGUGGAUAAAAGAUAAAAUAAAAUACGAACGGACGAUUAUCGGCUUAUGCUGUUUGAUCGAUAAACAGACCGUUAGAGACGUUUGCACGUUUGAUUCAGGAUGGAUUCAGGAUUUUUCUUAAUGGAUCAUGGUGGAAUUAGAAGACCGACACCCGUGAGACUGUGUAACUCGCUUCGCAAUUCGGGGUGGGGAGGGGGAGGAAAAGGCGUGUACGAAGCGCGAAGGUUGGUGGAAGGUGAAUAUACAAGGCGAGGGGGGAGGAAUAGGAGAGAAUGGAGCGUCUCGAGGACGCAGGGAUAACGCAUCGAGGUGGGCUGAUUUAAACGUUCCUAUGUAAAGUAAUAAUAAAGAUUUAAUGAAGCAAAGAAAAAGCAAAAAAAAAGAAAAAAAAAACAAAAAAGUUACUAAACAAGCGAACAGACAUUAAAGCGCGGCGUAGUAGGAUAGAUGGCGCGGCGUUCGCGGAACUAAUGGCGCCGCGCUUGUUACAUUGAAUACGUACGUACGUAUAUUCAUCUCUCUAAGAAGAAAAGUAAAAAAAAAAAAAAAAAAAAAAGGGAAAAAAAAAGAAAAAAAAGAAAGAAUCUUCACUCUCUAUCUCUCUAUCUCUCUCUUUCUCUUUUUACGUGCGUGUGUAUGGGUGGUACUGCGAAAAAAAAGUGUGUGUCAAGGAGUUGAAGCGUUGUCCACAAUGAUGAUCACAGAGAGAUCGCCUUUUGCUUUGGAAACACGAACGGAAGGGGGAAUCGCGAGAAACAAAGUCACGUCACCGCGUUCCUCUUUUUUUUUCCUUCCUUUCGUCUUUUUUUUUUUUUUUUUGCUUAAGGGGAGAGAAACGAGGGAUGGAAAGAAUCGGAUACAUCGUAGAGGCCAGAGGUUCGCGUGUCGAAAGGACGAUCGACGACCUUUGAGAAAUCGAUGGCUGGAAGAUCGAUCUUCGAACCCACGCGCACACGUGCACACUCACACGCACUCACUCGACAUACGUGCAUACACGCAUACACGAGCCUAUAGUAAUAUCCAUUCUAUAGUUUCGAGAAACACCCACAGGGCACAGGUAACCCCGCGGCUGGGAGGGGUUUUUUCCUUUUUUCUUUUCUUUUCUUUUCUUUUCUUCUUUUUUAAUGUUUGUCGCAAAUUUUAAAAUUCCGUUUGCUUAUUUCUCUGGCCGUGAACAUUCUCGCGAAGUGAAAACGAAAACGGCGAAAACAGCAGCAAUUUUCGAGGAGAAACGGCGAGGGGACGACGAAGCGAAAUCGAGACGGAUAGAAACGGGGAGGAAGAAGAAUGAAACGAAAGGGAAACGCGAGAGGGCAAGUUGCCCCGGUGCCCGCCGCGACACGGUUCGCGUUCACGAACAAGCAAAGACCCAGCAACAUGGUUCCUAUAUUUAAUAAAUUAUAUUUAAUAACGCUAAACAAGAAAAAAAACCUAAUAAUAAUAUUAAUGAUAAUAAUAAACAUAGUAAUAAUAAUGAUAGUAAUAAAGGUAAAUAGUUAUAGCUGUCGAUAGCUGUAAUUGAUUAAAACGCUAGUCAAACGGUCGAGCGUUCAAAUCGGUCAUCCGUACCGGACACCGCGCGUCGAGCUCAGUGCUGGUCGACGAGAUCGAGAUCGAGAAAUCGGGGAUGAGAAUUUUUUGAUUCUCUCUUGAAUUGAAUGACGCUUUCUGCCGAAGGAAACCGCUUCUGCAGUUUCCCGCAGAAAGCGAUCGCGAAGGUAAAGAGGAAAUUUUUAAAAUGAGAAACGAGAAAAACAUGGUAGACAGCACUGAACACGAUAGAAGAAAAAGUAAAAGAAAAAAAAAAAAGAAAAAGAAAGAACGAACGAAAUAUGUCACGCUCUCGAUCGACGGAUACGGGGUUUUUGUAAAGGUCUGCUCGGGAACGACAAAGAAUCCACUACUAGCUCGUAAGUUAACGGUUAAUUACAACUAAACUGUAGAUUUUAAGGGGAAUGGGAGGAUAUGCAUCGGUAGACGACACACAAGACACACUCAUGCAUAGGUAUAUAUAUAUAAAAAGGUAUAUAUAUAUAUAUAAAUAUAAAUAAGAAAAAUGAAUAAAAUGAAUGAAUAAAAAGUAUAUAUAUAUUUAUGUAGACAAAUAUAUAAAUAUAUAUAUAUAUAUAUAAAAAUAUAUAUAUAUAUAUAUAAUUAUAUAUGAUGUUGUAACGUACUAGAAUCCUCGCGGGUAUUGUCCGGAACGGUGACGUGUAUACACGCGUACGUACGUCGUGUUUCUCGCGUUUUUUUCUCUUUCUUUUCCUUUUUUUUUCCCCCAUUUUUAGACAAGCUUCGCACCGAAAUUGAACACACAUAUAUAUAUAUACAUAUAUGUACACGGAACACGAGAAAUUCGGAACAGCGCGAAGGCGAUGAGGAAAUACGUAUGUAAGAGAAAAAAAGAGAGUGAGGUUUAUGUUCACCGUAUGCGCAAGAGAGAAGGGAAUAGAACGUUAAGAAUCGCGGCUUAAAAGAGAAACUUAACCUCAAAAACGAGGAGAUGAUAAAAGUGAAGGAAUAAUGAGCGAGUAAUGAACAGAAUGUGUAAUGUAAAAUUGGGGGGGGGGAGAUGUGGAGGAUGUGUGAAAAGUAUAAAUCAGGAAGAAGAGAGAAAAGUUGAAGUUGGAUUGGUUAGAAAACAAUGUAAAAGGGCAAACGUCGUUAGAGGCCGUUAGAUGUACGAGACGCGAAGUAAUAACUAUUCGUAAGGUAAUUAAGCAACUCGAGGUUCCUGUCUGUAAAAGAUGCUUUUUUCUAAUGUAACGUUGAUAACGACGAUUAUUAAUAUUAUAUUUGAUUAUUAUUAUUAUUAUUAUUAUUAUUAUUAUUAUUAUUAUUAUUAUUAUUAUUAUAGAUUACGAUAUUAUAUUUACAUUAUAUGUGGUCAUGUAUUUAUUAUUAUAUUUAUUAUCUAUGUAAAACGUUAUGGCGUUGAGGUAAAGCUGAAACGAAUGGACACACGUGGUGACACGCACACAUGACACGCAUACAUACACACGUUGAUACAUUGAACACAUUGAACACAUCGAAUGUAAAAUUAUUGAGAGAAAGAAUUAACAGAAACACACGAUACACGUGUAUUGCAUACACACGCGUAUCACGAGAUUCGAAAUUUCUGAUUAAUUGCUCCAGGGCGAUCACUCUUUUUAAUGAAAAUCGAAAGUUGCACGGAGCAUCGAAAGAAAGAAAGAAAGAAAGAAAAAAAGAAAGAAAUAUAUAUACACCUUUGUAACCGAUACCUCGCAAAAUAAGACAAUUGUUGACUAUCCGGUGAUCACGGGCUAAUUAAAAAAAAAAGGAAAAAAAAACCGCGUAGAUGUUAAUCGAAGCUCUAGAAUAGCCCCCCUUUUUUGAAAUCACGUGGUGAUUUUGAUUUCACCACGUUUCGUCGAUCUCGAACGCUCUCAUCAUGCCUGUAUAAUGCGAAGAACGUAACCCAAACGAUUAUACAUACACACGAUUAUAUCACUAAUAAUAUUAGCAUACGAGACGCGUCUUCUGAGCGCGUGCGUUCCAGCGAGAGAGAGAAAAGGAAGGAAGAAAAGAAGAGAAAAGGUGUAUGCACUUUUGGCGCACAAAAAAAAAAAAAAGAAAUCAACAUCGUGUUCCUUUUAAUUGUAUACAUACACAUAUAUAUAGACACGCGUAUAUAUGUAUACACGGGAUAUUUAAUUUUUCUAAUCGACUCGCGAUCACGCGGCUAAAUACACACGAGAAGAAGAAUGCACGAGAAAAAAAAAUCGACGAACGCGCAAGCAAUUUAUUUCGAAAUGUUGUAUACAUCGAACACAUUUGUCCACACGCAUACACUCAUACUUGUAAUGGUAGGCAUAAUACACGUAUAUAAACAUACAUACGCAGAAAUACAUGACAGAUAUACACCACACACACGUAUACAUACACACGCGUCACACACGCACAUACACACACACACACACACACGUAUAAAUAUCGAGAAAUGGAUCGAACAUCGAGAAUGGUCUCGAAUCGAUAUACAUAAUAUAUCGGUAUACAAAAACGUAUACCGCAUAUACGCGCGUGAAUUCUCAAAACGCGGCAACGUACGUGCGCGUGUACGCAAAACUGGGCCGGUUUUGGCGUUUUGAGUUUCGAGUACGGGAGAUUGCGUGAUAGAGUAACCGAACCUCGCUACUAGCUGUUCCUAAAAUCAACAAUGAUGAAUGAGUGAUAAGCGUGCGCGGAUUAUAAUUUAAGGAGUGACUAAAGAGAUGCAAUUGAGUAUGCGAAACUAUUAUUGCGUUGCGAGAAAUCUUCUGCGCCCGUCAUCGCCCGCCAUUUUCUCUCGUCGAUCCUGGCGACAUCUGGUCGCGGGCUUACGCGCGCAAUUUCAAAGACGCUCUGCGCGUCGUUUCCGUUUCCGUCGAUCUAUCGUCCAAUCACGGCCUGUUAUAAUCAUCGUCAAAACUCGCUGGGGCUCCAUAAGCCUUUGUUUAUAGAAAAGGGAUAAACGAUAAAAGAAAAAUGGAAAAUUCAUACGAUCAGUUGUACGUUUUUACAGGGUCUUACAGUGUCGAUUCGAGGGGAUCGAUCGUGGAAAGGGAACGACAUUGAGAUCGACAAAGAUCGAGGUAUAUGUUUAAUCGCGAAAUUGCCAUUUUCAUCUGGCGGGGAAACAGAAAUGGGAAAAACAAUUGUCGAUAAACAAUUCGACGAGAGAGAAAGAAAAAAAACAGGCGGGCGACGAGGAAAUUUUUCAAUUUUCUAUAAUCUCGUUGAGUUUGUAUGAAAUAUGUUGAACGUGACUACUUAUUGGUAAUUCUAUUGGUUAUUUUUAUUGCAAUGAUUAUUAUUAUUAUUAUUAAUUAUUAUUAUUAUCAUCAUUAUUAUUAUUAUUAUUAUUAUUAUUAUUAUUAUUAUUAUUAUUAUUAUUAUUAUCAUCAUUAUUAUUCCUAUUACUAUCAUCAUCAUCAUCAUCAUCAUCAAUACUAUUAUUAUUAUUAUUUCUACUAUCAUCAUCAUCAUUAUCUUCAUUGCAUUAUCAUCAUCAUCAUAUUAUUAUUAUUAUUAUCAUCACCAUCAUCAUCAUCAUAUUAUUAUUAUUAUUAUUAUUAUUAUUAUUAUUAUUAUUAUCAUCAUUAUUAUCAUCAUCAUUAUUAUCAUUAUCGUUGUAUUAUUACUAUUACUACCAUCAUCAUCAUCAUUAUUAUCAUCAUCAUCAUCACCACUAUCAUCAUCACCAUCAUCAUCAUCAUCAUCAUCAUCAUCAUCAUCAUCAUUAUUAUUAUUAUUAUUAUUAUUAUUAUUAUUAUUAUUAUUAUUAUUAUUAUUAUUAUUAUUGUGACUAUUGCGGUUAACAUUUAUUACAGAUUGAAUUGUGAAUUUGUUUUGAGCUACGAUUUCAUUGACUAUUAAUUAAUAACGGAUACUAAUUGAUAACGAUAGCGACUAAUUCUUGUGAGAGAUUGCCAUGUGUAUAUCUUAUAUGUACUCACUAACGGGGCCCCGUGGCCCUCCGGAUGGUUGCCGGAAGUGGCCGUGCACCAAACGUGGCCGCGCGGUCAACCCCGUAAUCGCCGGCUCAAGGACCCCGACGAUGUUGGCGCCGUGCUCGAUCCAUUCCCUUACAUUGCGAGAAUAAUUUUCGCGAGCAAUCGACGUGGCCGUGUCGCAGAUACAUGUCGGGCACGAUCCCGCAUACUUACGUUCCUCUCCUCGCGCCUCGCGCCUCGCCCCUUUUUUUGUAAAACUCGCGGAGGCGCGGGGAGAUCCUCCGACGAAACGAGAUACGAAACGAAAUAUAUAAAAACCGACGGCUCUGAUCAAACGAACACGCUGAAAAGGAAAAAAAGAAAAAAAAAGAGAAAAAGAAAAACAAAGAAACGGAAGGGAGAAUCGCGUAAAAGGAGAAGUGGAUAAAGGGGGAAGAAAAAUGGUAAACCAGAAGAAAGGAAAAAGUGGAAGGGCGCUCUAGCACGCGACGAACGAUGCGCGCUUCUCGUACUCGCUGAUGGAGGUGCGAGAAAGACGUACCGAAUGUUAUCUUUCGAUUUUUUUUCAUACUUCCAUUCACUUUUCCAUCAUUUUAAUCGAUUAUUAUUCAUAUUUUUCUUCUUCUUCUUUUUUUUUCGAAUGGGAUGGAAUUCAAAUUUUUCUCUCCGGAAUGAUUUUUUCUCUUUUCAAAUCUACAAGAAUUUUUAUAUUAUUACGUUAUUCGAAUUGUGUCGAUUUUCAGUUAUAUUUUCUGUCCUAUGUCGUUGAAUAUAAUUAUCGUGAAUUUUUUCAACUGUAACUUCACGCGCUAACGAACACGUUUAUGGAGACGAAAACAAUAGAGAAGAAAACAAAACAAAUACAUCUAAGAGACAGAUCGUGUACGUUCUUUCUCGGUCAUCUCGUCCAUCCACGCUCGCCCUUGUGUACAAAUAUAUAUUUAUGGUGCCAUAUGUGUUAUGUGCGCGUGAGCAGGAUCCCGUGUUCGCGCGCGCAUCUAGAUUUUAUAAUAGAGAAAAGAAAAUGAUGAAAAAAAAAAAGAGAGAGAGAAUAAAAGGAAUAAGAGUUGAGCGAGCGAGAGAGAAAAUGCGACGUAAAAGCGCGAGAGAAAGGUAUCGAGCACAUACACAUGUACACGUACAUAUUCAAAACUUACACAGAGAGAAAAUAGUACAUGCACACACACGUACCAUAUACAUACGUACAUAUACAUGAACACAUACAUACACACGUGCCAUGUAAGAUGGCUGUACCUGUAUACGUAUAUAAAUAUACGCGAGCAUACAGUGAUGUGCACAUAUUUACGUGCGCUAUUCCUAUAAAAAAAAAGAAAAAAGUAAUUGAAAAGGGAGAACAAAAGGGAAAAUAAAAAAAAAAAAAAAGAAAAAAAAUAAAAUAGGAAUUUAAGAAUGAGGCGAGGGAGAUCUGCGAUCUGGCACCAACAUCGUACGGCAAAAUGGGUGCGGUGCAAUCAUGUUCCUAUUAGGUUUCAUAUCUAAGCGAGUAAUUAAUUAUACUACUAAAUAUAAAUGAUGAAGAAGGAUAUAAUGAUAUUAUAUAUAUAUUAUUGGAUAUAUAUAUAUACAUACGAUACGAUUAUAUAU